AUGGAUUUGACUCAAAAGCAAAUUAGAAAUGCUUUUGAUACUAUGAAAUCAAAAUAUGUAGGAUGGUGCUACUUGAGAAACAAGACUGGAAAUCUAUACAACCCAGAAACAAAUAUGUUUACUUUAAUGCCUCAGGAAUGGGAAGAUUUUAAGAAGGGUCACCCGAGGGCAAUGUCAUUAAAAACACGCCCGUUGCCUCAUCUUGACCUUCACAUAGCUGUGUUUGAAGGGCUUAGUGCUACAGGUGGCAAUCAAUGGACAUCUACUCAAACAUCUGGAGUUUCAUCAUCCCCACAUGUCCAAACACUUCAAAUACAAGAUGGUAGCUUUCAUAAUCUAGAAAAUGAUGAUGGAGACUCUCAUGAACAAAGUUUUCAAAAUGGUGAUGAAGUUCCUACCAAUAACAAGGCUCAAACAUCUAAUGAUAAUGAAACUAGGCCCAACAAAAAGGCUAAAACCUCUAAGACCACCAUUACCCUAGAUGAUUUGGCUAAAGAUAUGCAACAAGCACUCAAGCAUAUGGUGAAAAGCAUGGAAGGACCAUCAACUGACGAAUGCUAUGAGAAGUUGAAAUUAGUUGGGUUAGAGCCUAUAGAUCCCUUGUUUUUGGCAGCAUUCAACAUGGUAUUUACUUUUCUCGUGGCCAGAUGGGAAGGAGUAGCACAUGAUUCUAGAAUAUUGUCUGAAUCUUUAACAAAUGCUAAUGCACCAUUUCCACUUCCUCCUCCGGAUAAAUAUUAUCUAUGUGAUGCUGCGUAUGCACACACUCGUGGAUUUAUGGCACCAUAUCGAAAUGUGAGGUAUUGGCUUGGAGAUUUUCGCCGAAAUCGUCCAUUGACCGACAAAGAAAAAUUCAACCACGCACAUGCAAAACUUAGAAAUGUUAUUGAACGUUCUUAUGGGGGCUUAAGUGAUGACUUUUUUGAUGAAUAUGAUCACCCAAAUGUACGCCUUCAAGAUGGAGAUGAACAUGCACAAGAUGGUGGUGAAGAAGUAGCUUACCAUGGAAGUGCAGCGGACCGUGAAUUCAUGAGUCAACUUCGAGAUCAGAUAGCACAAGAAUUAAUGCAAAACAAUAUUAUUCCACAAGAAUAUUUGACGGUUACUGCUGACGAAGACUCGAACGAGGAAUUGGAUUUCGAAAGACUAUACGAUGAAGUGUGUUUUGAAGCUUAUCAUGCGGAAAUGGAAGAAGGAGUAGAGUAUGAUUCUGAAGCAGAAGACCAUUCCGGUUAUUAG